AAGCGGAGUUUGCGGCUCUAGUCGGCCGAACAAGGGAAGGCCGUGCUCUUAGCUCGAUGGCGCCGAAGAAGGGUGAGAAGGGCAAGGCGGAGAAGGGCAAGGCAGAGAAGGCGGAGAAGACCGCGAAGGCUGUCAAGGGCGGCGUGAGCAAGAAGGUGAAGAAGAUCCGUACCAAGGUCCGCUUCUAUCGGCCAAAGACCUUGAUCAAAUCUAGAGAACCCAAGUAUCCUCGAAAGUCUGUGGAAUCUCGCGGGGACAAGUUGGACAAGUACCGCAUCAUCCAGUGCCCUGUGACUACGGAAUCUGCCAUGAAGAAGAUCGAGGAGAUCAACACGUUGGUGUUUUUGGUAGACCUUAAGGCCACCAAGCCCAAGAUCAAGGAAGCUGUGAAACAGCUCUAUGACGUGAAGUGUGCCAAGGUGAACACCCUCAUUCGACCUGAUGGGAAGAAGAAGGCAUACGUGCGUUUGACUCAAGACUAUGAUGCCUUGGACGUGGCCAAUCGCAUUGGCAUCAUUUGAGCCCGGUCAUCUUGUCAUGACGGUCGCCUUGAACCGCAAAAUGGAACACAGAGGGUGCAGCAAAGCAACAAACAUGUCCUCAUCAUUUCUGUAGGUGUGGAAUAUAUAGACACUUCGUUGGUCAGUGUGCUCACAGCAAGGCCCAAACAGGAAGGUUAGGCAGGUUGGUUUAGCUUUUAGAACAUGUUCCGUCCCCGUGGUCCAAAAUUCACCCUCAACCCGCUGUGUCGCAAGUGGAUGCUGGUGCCAUAAUUACUGUGUUCAAUUUUUGCUCAUUGGCCUUUUGCCGGCUCCCAGGGUCGGGCAGUGACCAGACUGU